AUGCAUGCAUUACCCAUAAGUUCCCUCCUCAAUUCCUCUGAGCCUGCCUUGGUUCUAAAUCUUUGUUCCAAAAUAUACCUUGAAGAGUGGUACCUAGCAAACUCUUCACAUCCUUAUCUUGGCAGUUCUGAGGCCCGCGUCAUUUCCGAAAAAACAGGUCUCACAUUGAGGCAAGUCAAAAAUUGGGUUUCCAAUCGGAGAAGGAAAAGUAAAAAGCAUCGCAUUGAGCCUCUACUAUCACAUCUCCUUAACAAAUCAUGA